AGCCAUAGGUUAUCGAUCGAAGGACAACAAAUAAAAAUGGCGGCAGCGGUAAGUAAGCGGGUGUUGACGAGUGGGGGAAUUCGAUCGUUAUUCCACUCUCCCUCAUUGUCAUACGCCACAACUGGACCAGUCACCAAGAAAAAGAUGGGGAAAUUGAGCACUGAGGAGAGGAAAACCGUGUUGACAGGAUUGGUCAAGAAUGGGUGGACCCUUCGAGAGGAGAGAGAUGUCCUCUACAAGGAAUUUACCUUCAAGGACUUCAACGAGGCCUUUGGAUUUAUGACGAGAGUCGCGCUGAAGGCAGAGAAAAUGGAUCACCAUCCUGAAUGGUUUAACGUCUACAACAAAGUUAACAUUACAUUAACAUCUCAUGAUGUUAAUGGAGUGUCCCAGAGAGACGUUACUCUAGCUACAUUCAUCGACAAAGUGUCCAACAAACCUAUCGAACAAUAAAUUACAGCCUUCUCCCUGGACGAAUUGACAUCUAUUUAAUGAUGUUCCUCGAAUGCUAUAUAAUAUGAGAGCAUAUGAUAGAAGACAAUAACUACCGACUGUUAUCCCGGGUACGAAAUACGUACACAACGAAAGCCAUAAAUUUUCUUUCCUUCUUCAUGAUAUGAGCAGGGAGAAUGAGAGGAAAAUAUUUUCUAUUCAGUUAGAAAAUACAAAACUCUAAUUUUUAUUUAUAAAAGUGAUGACAAUUUAUUAUAAAUUGUGAAUGCAGGUCUUCGAUCAUUGAGAAUGGCUUCUAAAAUGAUCGAAGUUGAACUUCGUUUAUUGUUGAAACUCUGUCUAUUGAAUGUUGUCCAAAUAAAAAUUGAAUAGUUAUAAAACAAA